AUGUCCCCCGCGCCGUCCACAGUAAUGAUCCAGGCCUCGACCUCGACCUUGGCCUCGGCUGGCGUCGCCACAGCCGCCCCAGGCCUUGCCCCAGAACCCCACCCAACACCAUGCACCUGCCCCCUGCCGCCGCUCCCGCGCCUAACGUACACCUGCACACGGCGGCAGUACGACGAGUGGGACCGCGCGAUGACAGGCUACCUGUUCUUCGUGGGCGCGCGCGGCAUCCUCAGCGGGCGCAGGCGCGAGCCGUACCGCCGCGGGUCGAGCCGCACAGGGCACGCGGACCACGACGUCAUCUACCCGCCCGACGAGGUGGCCGGUGACGCGAUGCCGCGCCCCGACGCCCGCGUGCAGGACGCGCUGGUGUGGACGGCCGCCAUGAGCGCCGAGUGGAAGUCGUGGGAGUGGCGCGAGAGCAAGGCCCGCGGCGUCAUACUCGCCACUAUUGAUGUGCCGAUCUGGAAGCAGGUCAAGGGGCUCUGGUGCGCAAGGGACAUGUACACGCAUAUAUGGGAGCAGUAUGGUGGGGGGAGGGGGUAG